CCACACACACCUUCUUCUCCCCCAAAACGCACACUGCACCACCGCACACAGAUCUAACCGAAACCCCUCCCCACCGGCGGCGAGCGGCGCACCGCCGGCCAUCCAAGAUGCAGUACAACAACCUGGGCCGGUCGGGCCUGCGGGUGAGCCAGCUCUCCUACGGGGCCUGGGUGACCUUCGGCAACCAGCUGGACGUCAAGGAGGCCAAGUCCCUCCUCCAGGCCUGCCGGGAUGCGGGGGUCAACUUCUUCGACAACGCCGAGGUCUACGCCAACGGCCGCGCGGAGGAGAUCAUGGGGCAGGCGAUCCGGGACCUGGGCUGGCGCCGCGCCGACGUCGUCAUCUCCACCAAGCUCUUCUGGGGCGGCCAGGGCCCCAACGACAAGGGCCUCUCCCGCAAGCACAUCGUCGAGGGCCUCAAGGCCUCGCUCAAGCGGCUCGACAUGGAGUACGUCGACGUCGUGUACUGCCACCGGCCCGACGCGACGACGCCGAUCGAGGAGACGGUGCGGGCCAUGAACUGGGUGAUCGAUCAGGGGUGGGCGUUCUACUGGGGCACGAGCGAGUGGACCGCGCAGCAGAUCACCGAGGCCUGGGGGGUGGCGAACCGGCUCGACCUCGUCGGGCCCAUCGUCGAGCAGCCCGAGUACAACCUCUUCUCCCGCCACAAGGUUGAGUCUGAGUUUGUACCUCUCUACAGUACUUAUGGCAUUGGGUUGACUACAUGGAGCCCUCUAGCUUCAGGUGUUCUCACCGGGAAGUAUAGCAAAGGGAAUAUACCUGCUGAAAGUCGGUUUGCCCUAGAUAAUUACAAGAACCUGGCCAACAGGUCUUUGGUUGACGACACGCUUAGAAAAGUGAACGGGCUCAAACCCAUCGCUUCGGAGCUCGGCGUCUCGAUGGCCCAGCUGGGCAUCGCGUGGUGCGCGUCGAACCCCAACGUGUCGUCCGUGAUCACUGGAGCCACCAAAGAGAGCCAGAUCGUGGAGAACAUGAAGGCCCUGGAGGUCGUCCCGCUGCUGACCCCGGAGGUCCUGGAGAAGAUCGAGGCGGUCGUCCAGAGCAAGCCGAAGCGCCUCGAGUCAUACAGAUGAAGUAGCGGCGGUCGGUUUCGUCAGCUGUGCAGCGUGUGCGUGCCCCGCCCGCCGCCUGGUGGGAUAUUUUUCCUAGCCGGUUUAUUAUCUCCCUGUAUCUAUCUGGUUUUCUGAAACUAUAUACGGCUCUUCCUGCGUGGUGGGUGCGUCCAGCGUGUGAAACAUUUUGUCGGGUGGAACGCUAGUGUGUGCUGCUGUUCCGUGCAUGUGAUUCUGGAGUGGUGGCUGGGCCUGGGAUGAGCAUGUGGUGGCUGGGCCUGGGAUGCAAGAUUUGGAUGGCAGGCAGGCAGGCCAGUGUAUGUUUGCUGCUGUCGCUGUAUGUAUGUUUUUAUGCUACUUGUAUGCUUGCUGCUGUCGCUGUAUGUAUGGGUCUGUUGCCAAAAUUGAGCGGGAGAUCAGCUGUUUUCCCA